UUCGGUAGGGCAAGACAUUUCAUUCUCCUUACUAGCUACUUUUAUUGAUCGCACAACUCCUCCUCGCUUUCUCUUUCUCCGCCACUCCUCCGCCCACAAAUCCUCUUUUGCUCCACCAAUUCUCCUCCUCUCCCUAUCUCCAUCCGUAUAUUUGGCCCCCUCAAUUUGAAUCGACUCUUCCUUUCUCUCAUCUGUGGACAGGAAAUGCCUCUGGCAAAGCUCAACGGGGUCUUCGUUCAUUAUCUCGUAACUUGGUGACUGUAUUGGGCCCACAUUGCCUAUGCCAACCGGUCUUUCGUCAGUAGAACAAGAAAGGCGUUUGUUUGAACGGGAAAGUGGAAGAAAUUCUGCCUAAACCAAUUGAGACUUGGGAGUAGGAAAAGAUGGCUGCGACGCCGAGUGCACCAGCGGGGAGCGCGAACAUUGACGGAGUAGCACCCCCAGCUCCACCACUUCCGGGGACGGACAUGACCGGAAUAUGCUUCAGGGACCAGCUAUGGCUGAACACCUACCCUCUUGACCGAAACUUAGUCUUCGAUUACUUUGCUCUCUCGCCAUUCUAUGAGUGGACUUGCAACAAUGAACAGCUCCGUCUACGCUCCAUUCACCCCCUUGAUGCCUCCCAUCUCUCGAAAAUGACGGGUACAGAGUACACCUUAAGUGAAGCUAUGGAGCCCCAUCUUUUUGUCAUCCGUAAACAAAAGAGGGAUGGCCCUGAGAAAGUAAUCCCGAUGCUCACUUAUUAUGUCCUGGAUGGGUCAAUAUACCAAGCUCCUCAGCUUUGCAAUGUGUUUGCAUCUCGACUUGGACGGGCACUGUAUCAUAUAUCAAAAGCCUUCAAUACUGUAGCCUCAAAAUUGGAAAAGAUUGGAUAUGUUGAUGCUGAAAAUGAGACAACUGCAUCUGAAUCAAAGGCUUCUAAAGAGACUAUUGACUUCAAAGAAAUUAAGCGGGUAGAUCACAUUCUUGCAUCACUACAACGCAAGCUACCAGCAGCCCCUCCAGCACCUGCUUUUCCAGAGGGUUAUACUCCCCCAACAACUGCAGAAGGAGAGAAAGGUUCCGAAGACCAACAAGCAGAACUUCAAACAGCUACCUUAGAUCCCAUUAUAGACCAAGGCCCAUCUAAAAGGGUGAAAUUGUAGAGAGGACACAGACGCAUAUACCAAAAGCAAUCCUAAAUUAGUUAGUUUAAUCUAGUAAACUAUCCUUAACCCUUCAUAUUAACUGUAGUUUUGCUCCUCACGCAUUCACACGCGCAUGCAGGCACACACUUCUUCCUCUUCACGUGUGAUAUUUGGUACAAGAGUACCAGAGAUUGGUGCCACCAAGAAGAGUACUUCUGUAAGAUAAUAUUAGAUGAUAUGUUAUUAUUUAUCAAUUUAUUUGACUAUGUUUUUGAAA